AACAACAAAGUAGGUGAAAGGUUAAACUUCGGCCACAGGAGGCGCUAGUGUUUCUGGGAUACAAAUCAAAACGAAAAAGAGUGAAACCGUGGAAGAACCAACUUCAGUAUAGCCAGGGGGUUUGGGCUCUGCAGCCAGUCGGUCAUCAGGGCCAUGUCGUCGUCAGCCGGUCCAACCCCACCUUACACCACCCUGGCCAUCAGCCGCCCAGCACAGGAUGUCACGCAUGUGGAGCUUCACCGUCCUAACAAGCGCAACGCCAUGAACAAAGCUUUCUGGAGUGAGAUGGUGGACUGCUUUAAUGAGAUCUCCAACGACCCAGACUGCAGAGUGGUGGUGUUCUCUGCCGCAGGGAAGGUCUUCACAGCAGGUAUUGACCUGAUGGACAUGGCCGGUGACAUACUGCAGCCUCAGGGUGACGACACAGCCCGGAUUUCUUGGAACAUUAGGAAGACUAUCGCCAAGUUCCAAGAUACUUUCUCAGUCAUAGAGAGGUGUCCCAAGCCGGUGGUGGUGGCCGUCCAUGGUGCUUGUGUGGGAGGAGGUGUCGACCUGAUCACCGCCUGCGAUAUCCGCCUGUGUACCCAGGACGCCUGGUUCCAGGUUAAGGAAGUUGACAUCGGACUCGCAGCAGACGUGGGAACUCUGCAGAGGCUCCCGAAAGUCAUUGGCAGUCGCAGCCUGGUCAAUGAGUUGGCUCUGACCGCAAGGAAGAUGUACGCAGACGAGGCCAAGAGCAGCGGACUGGUCAGCCGCGUGUUUGCGGACAAGGAGGCCAUGCUGACUGGCGCGCUGGAGCUGGCCGGAGAGAUUGCUGCUCGCAGCCCCGUUGCUGUGCAGGGAACCAAAGUGAACCUGGUCUACUCCAGAGACCACAGUGUGGCAGAGGGACUCGAGUACAUGGCUGCGUGGAACAUGAGCAUGCUUCAGACUGAAGAUGUGAUGAAGUCUGCUCAGGCCUCCAUGGAGAAGAACAACAUCAAGAAUGUCACUUUCUCCAAACUGUGAGCGUGCCAACAGCUCUUUAGAGGGCUGCCUUCUGUCCCAACGAUCUGAUGGUUUUGGGUGAGACUCUUUAAAAAAAAAAAAAGAGCGAGUGAAGCAUCUCAAUCAUGUAACAUGGUUGUCAUUUUGUAACACACAGUAAGUAAAGCAGCAGGAUGUCAAAGUUUCACAUAGAUGCAAAGUGCACUUCGGACAAAGAUGAGCCAAAUUCAGUAGCCUGACUUAAUUAAUCAAGUGUAUUGAUUUUCAUCUUCAUUGUUGUAAAAUACAUGUGAAUGCUUAUUAAUCUAUUAAAAGAUUUUGAAAGU